CGUCUCUUUGGGUACGAACAAUUUGGUAACAAAUAUUGUAAUACCGGCGACUUUCUUUUUGCAAAGUAUAGAAAAAAAUACUGUUAUUAUUAUGUCAAUGGAACAAUUUGGUUUCGUUUAACAUGUUAAAUCAAUUGUUCAUGUUUAUUUUAUUUUGAAUGUGUAACGACCUGUUAUUUGUAAUUUUAGUGCAUGGAAAUUUCUCGGUCGCAAAUUUUGUGACCUUUUGACCCAAAACAAUAAGUACAAAUGAAUCUUACGGUAUCAAAGUGUUUUCACUGUGUGAAAUGUUUGUUAAGGAAAUCAGAAUGUUUCAGAACAAGAAGAAACAUUACUAAUUUAUACAGUGUUAGUCAUUUUGGAACUUUGAAAAGUAAAAGUGAGUGGAUUGAGCCAGUUGGUAAAAGAACUGGCAUUCUUGUUUAUAAUUCAUUAACAAAGGAAAUGAUAUCUCCAAAGGCAAUGUCUUAUACAUGGUACAUUUGUGGACCGACAGUUUAUGAUGCCUCUCAUAUUGGGCAUGCCAGCAACUAUGUACGCUAUGAUAUCAUAAGAAGAAUUCUGACAAAUUUCUGUGAUAUAAAUGUGAUCUAUCUAAUGGGAAUCACUGAUAUUGAUGAUAAGAUUAUCAACAAAGCAAACUUUGAGUUAUCAUAUGCAUGCUUCAAAAGAAGUGCGCUUGAUUUUGCAUUGUGGAAAAGUUCAAAACCUGGAGAGCCAUUUUGGUCAUCACCCUGGGGUCCCGGCAGACCUGGUUGGCAUAUAGAGUGUUCUGCCAUGGCAAGCUUUUGUCACAGUUAUUAUGCUAGUUUGUUCUUUUGGUAUUACUGGUUAUUGAUUUCUUGGUGUAUGAUUGUGUUACGUCGUUCGAUUUGGCAGCGUGUUAGAAAACAUUCUGGAGGAUCAGAUCUGAUGUUCCCUCAUCAUGAAAAUGAACUGGCCCAGUCAUGUUCAUUCCAUGAUGUAGGACAGUGGGCCAACUACUGGAUGCAUACAGGACAUCUUCAUCUGCAAUAUGACCCAGAAAAAAUGUCCAAGUCUCUGAAGAAUGUUAUACCAACCUCUGAUCUUCUGGAGAAAUAUUCUGCCAACCAGUUUAGAAUGUUCUGUAUGCUGACACAUUAUAGAAAUACUAUAGAAUUUACUGACUUAAAGAUGGAGAAGGCUAUCAAACUGGACAACAAGAUAGGUAAUUUUCUACAGCUGAGUGAUGCCUAUGUGAAAGGACAAUUAACAGGUGGCUUUAUACCAGAGGCUGAAACUAUGCAAAAAUUGGAAGAGACGGAUGCUAAAAUUCAGGCAUUUCUAAAAGAUGAUUUCAACACUCAUGCAGCAAUGUCAGCACUUUUUGAUCUCAUAUCAAAUAUAACAAUAGGUUUAAGUCAGAAAGAUGUUGAGUGUAGAAGUCCAGGGACAGUAGCGGCUGUACAAGUCUAUGUAAAAAGGGUGUGUAAAAAACUAGGCUUCCAUAAGAAAGGCUGGAAGAUGUCACAAGAUCCUGACAAUAUGAAGUUAAAGGAAGUGCUAGACAAUACAGUAAAAUUCAGGUGGAAUGUGAGACAAUUUGCUCUACAAAAUUCUAUACCAGGAACAGAAUCUCUCUCAAAGAAAGAAAGGAAGAAGUUACAUAGUGAAUUUUUCUCUCCUCUUGUGACAAACUGUGAUGAAUUACGCUCAGAAUUAUCUCAUUGUAAAAUAUUGGUAAAAGACCACAAGACCUACUCAUCCUGGGAAUUUGUGAACGCAGGAACAAUGUCAGAUGAGUCACAAUGGGAAGAACCUGAAGAACAUCUAGAAACGUCCCAGCAAGAUGAUCAAAAUGAUAAACAAUCUGAUGAUACUAGUGCUUCUCAAAACACUGACACAAGUCCUAGUGAACCGUCAGAAAAAUCUCCUAGUUCUGAUGAAAGAACUUGAACCAGUUAAUUCUUUAUAGUGAUAAUGAAUCAGCAUUCUCUACGUCUGCAUUAAAAGUUGAAUUUGAUUCAACUGCUAACCUAAUCAAGCUUGGAUUUCUCCCUACAGUGAAAACAGGAUGCCAUUAAUAUUAUUUUAUUAAAAAUGGUUUUA